AUGAACACAGACAUUCGACUAGCAGAUGACACUACUGAAAUACAUAUGGUUGAAGAAAUUGAUGCAAAUAGUUAUUUUGAAUCAACCUUAGAGUGUGAGAAAAUAAUUGAUGUCAAUGUAAAUCUUGGUCAUGAUGGAGAUGAAAGUAUCAUGGGAAAGGUUUUUAAUACACCUCAUGAUGCCUAUACGUUUUAUAAUCAAUAUGCUUUUUUACAUGGAUUUGGUAUACGAAUUCAUUGGGACUAUAAAAAUAAGACGACAAAUGAGGCUUACCGUAAGAUGUACGUUUGCAAUAAAGAAGGGUUUAAAAGAUCGAAGACUAAUAGUUCAUGUGUGGGUGCAAAGAAACAACGUAGAGAUUUGAGGACCGGAUGUCAAGCAAUGCUUCGAAUUUCAAAAGGAAAAGAUGGGCUAUGGUUUGUGGACAUGUUUAACGAUACCCACAAUCAUGAGUUGAGCACUACACCUACAAAAGUAACGAAGCAUCGUUCUCAUGGGAAGUUACAUCGUUCAUUGGCAUGUAAAUCUCUUAUGAUAGAACUUGGUCAAUCGGGGUUAAAGCCUUCUCAAAUUAAAAAAGCUGUUAAUGCAAUGAAAACUCCACAGGACAUUGAUGUUACUUCAAAGCAAUGUGUGGAUGUCUUAUCUGAGCAACGAAGACAAUACAAAGGUAAGGAGUUUUAUGGGCUUAUCAAACAUUUUCAAGAUAAAGCAUUAGUAGAUGUUAACCAGUAUUUUGUUGUGGAUUUAUUUGAGGAUGAGUCACCUCGAAAUAUUUUUUGGGCCGAUGGAAGAUCAAGGGAUGCGUAUACUAAAUUCGGAGAUGUUGUUGUGUUUGAUGUUACAUACAUGACGAACAAAUUUAAGAUGCCAUUUUCUCCAUUUGUUGGGGUGAACCAUCAUGGUCAAACCAUAUUGUUUGGUGGUGCAUUGCUAGAAAAUGAAAAAGAAGAAACUUUUCGAUGGUUAUUUGAGCAUUUUUAA